AUGGCCGUGGUUUCGCCAUUUGCGGAUGAGACGCCAAAGUCCAUCACCCGCUUUAUCACGGUCUCGCUGCUUCUAUACGCCGUCGCCGUCCUGAUUCUUCUGAACUGGAAGACAGCUUGGGACCACCAGCUCCUGCCCCUUUACGUGCUCCAAGGGAUCAUGUUCAUCACCGCGGCCGGCGCCAUGCUCGGAGGAAUGGCCUUCAACUUCAGAGUGUGGAGCUUCAUACUCGGGCAGAACUGCUGCCUGGGCCUCUGCGCAACUGCUGGCUGCUUCCUUCCGGGCGCCUUCAUAUUGUUCUAUGCAAUUGGCACGGCUUCUCCAGUUCUGUUCGAGUGGGAGUUUAUGGAGAUUGAGCCGAUCCAUUAUGUCGACCUUUGCAGCACAGCGGAGUGGAAAGACUUCAAGGGGGGCAUCUACUUCGAAGGCGGCGCCCUCACCCAAGAUGACAGCAUGCCUCCCGUGAUUAAGCUCGACAUCCAGCAGUGCAUCUGGGUCGAGCCCAACAACCCAGAUGUCAGGUCAGGCUACUGGACGCCUUGCUUUGCUCGACUUCGGCCAGUCUUCACUUGCGACCCCCGACUGUCGAAAACCUGUACCAAUCCUCGCGCAUGCGCCUGGGCGAUCACGGCAUCGGAGGCCUCGGAACAAUCGGAACCCGACCCUCCGAAAGCCCCGGACUGCGGCACACCCGGCGUAUGUGGGAUGGUGUAUCGCAUGAACUUCUUCAUGCCCUUCAUGUCGGCCAACAGCACGAGCAUGAAGACCUUUCAUCAGCUACUGGAAACAUUAGGGAGACGAUUCCCGGGAAGCCUGACAGCCGAUAGCCCUUUGCUUAUCUUAGCCAACCCGGCCGAGCUAAAGAGAGCGGGUGGAGAAGCUGUAGAGAGGUUCUACAAGCUGCUAAUCGUGUACGUGCCGCUGGGUGCAGUUUUGGGUCUUCUGGUAGCUGCGGCCCGGGCCAUGGCAAGCUGGCAGACAAGCGAAUCCACGCAGACGGAUACCGCUGACGACUCCGUGACACCCGGCAGCCCAACCCUCAAAAACCAUAGCGACUGA